AUGACAACCAAUCAGAUGGAAGUGGAUGACACCGACACCGAAGAAUUCCAAGACAUCGAAGAGUUCUCCGAUGAGGCACCAUCUUGCAGCAAUACGCAGCCACAAUCGAAGCGCUUUGUAGUAAAAAAGUUUCAGGCACAGGCGCUCUGGUCAUGGGAUGUGGCCGUGGACAAUUGCGCCAUUUGUCGCAACCAAAUUAUGGAUCUGUGCAUUGAGUGCCAGGCGAACCCGCUGUGCUCUAGCACCAAAGAGGAAUGCACUGUGGCCUGGGGUGCCUGCAACCAUGCCUUUCAUUUCCACUGCAUUUCGCGUUGGCUCAAGACCCGCCAGGUGUGUCCGCUGGACAACAAAGAGUGGGAUUAUCAGAAGUACGGACGUUAG